UUUUUUUUACAACCAAAUCAAUUGUAACAACAAAGUAUUAAUUAAUCAAUCAAUGAUUCUCAAAGAAAUAUUUACUUACUCUAUCCGUGGUGCUGAGGGUCUAUUUGCUCUUCUUGUACUUGGUCUUUCAGCUGGAUAUUUAGGUGUGUACGGUCAUAAUGUUGACAGAAUUUCCUACACUCUAGUGGUUUCCAUUUUGAACCUUAUCUACUUUGGUUAUAUUGGAGGUGUGUUACCAUUUGUUACUGAAGAAAGAGCACCAUCCUUAUCCAUUUUGUUAAGUGAGGGUAUUUUAUCUAUUUUCUAUCUUGCUUCAAUGGGUUCUAUUGCUGAUAUGGUUUCUGGUGUGUCCUGUGAUUUGGGAGAUUAUUAUUUUGAUGGCAAUCAAUAUUAUAGUAACCACAAGUAUAAAACAACUUGUCACAUUGCCAAAGCUUUAAUUCCAUUCACGUUAUUUAAUUGGUUGUUGUUUACUGCUAGUCUCCUUUUGUUCGUUUUCUACAGUUUCAUUCCAGAAGUAUCCACUUAUGGAUGGGGCCACAUUAUUCAAUUAACAAAAUACCAUUUCGGUGCUAUUUGGGCUAACUAUGCUCAACCUCCUUUCAAAAAAGUUAUUGGUGCUGAAGAAAAGGGUGUUGCAACUGGCGGAGAGGUUGCUCCUGCCGCUGCUGUUGUUGACGAAGAAGCUCAAAUUGGUUCUAGCGAUGAAGAGGCCAGAGAAAACAAGUAUGCUGAAGCUACAUCUACUGAAGGUGAUGAUCAUCCAGUUAAACAACACACUUAGCCAAGUUGUUAGCGCGCCUAUUGAAUUUGCUUAUUUUGAUACCAUUAAAGGCUAGUUCAUGGCUACUGUUGUAAUCUAAUCUUGAUUGUUGCUAACUUUUUUUUUUUUUUCGUUUCACCGAAUUCGGGUUUUCGCGCAUUGUUUUUAUUUCCACCAGUAUUAUUAUCGUAUUUUAUAUAUUUAUGUCUUUGAAAGUUAUACUUUAAUGUUUAACAUAUAACCAU